GCGCGCGCUGGGGGCGGUGGCGGCGGCAAGGCUGGCCGUCAUGGAUGCUCGGGAGCUGGAGGCCUCGGGUGUCCGUGGGGAGAUCGCGCGUCUGCAGGGCCUGUCCUUGGUGGGGUCGGAGCUGCAGCUGCAGGAGCUAGAUCUUCCAGGCCCCUAGAUCUCUCCAAUACCGGCCUGGGCCUGCGCGGCACGUCACGGAUGGCUUAACACCCCAGAGGGGCACAGAAUCCAGUGUGAGAGGGAACGGGCAGGGGACGACGUGCACUGCACCUUUGCAGGGUGCUAGCGCCGCCUUCUCCAGCUUAGGGGCGGGAGCUGGGCUGGAGCCGCCCCCGCCCCCUGGAGAGACACCUUCCAAGGAGGGUUGUCACCACUCUGGCCCAUGAAGUGGAUGCUAUGUACCCUCCCCGAACCCUACCUCCCAGAGGGAGGGAGAAGAGAGAAAGACUUUGUUCCGGAACCCAACAGCCAGCUUUGUGACAUUGAGGGGCCGUGGCCCAGCCUGCUUCAUCUGUAAAUGGAGGCUGGCUGGACUGCUCUCCACUAAAUCUGUUGCCCUCCCCGAGGCCACACGGAGGCUCUCUCCCAGGGACGAUGGCUGCCCUUCAUACUGCUUCAGACUCCCCAGCUACCCAGCCGGAGCCAGCAGAAGAUGGGUCAGAAUGUGAUGCUGACCCCGAGGAGGAGGAGGAGGAGGAGGAGGAAGAGGGGAGAGAGGAGGAAGAGGUAGUAGUGGAAGAAGUAGCCACACAGGUGCAGGAGGUGGCGGAGGCAGAGGUGGAGGCCAACUCAGCGGACAUUGGUGACAGUGAUGAUGAUGAUGAUUAUGUGGAGGAGGUGCUGGCAGAGGAGCAGACUCUGAGUUUAGGGACCCAGGAGCGGCUUAGCAAUGGUGGUGAUGCCAAAUCAUCAGGUCUUCAAGGAAAAGCCCCGCAGACCUCCCGGGUGUCUCCCACUACUCAGGAUGAAGAUGCGGAGGACGAGGAAGAAGAGGAAGAUGGUGAGCACUUCCUGACCCAGGGCCUGGUGACUUUUGAAGAUGUGGCUGUGUACUUCUCCUUGGAGGAGUGGGAGAGGCUGGAUGUGGACCAGCGGGACCUCUACCGGGAAGUAAUGCAGGAGAACUAUGGGAUCCUGGUCUCCCUGGGAUACCCAAUCCCUAAGCCGGAUCUGAUCUUCCACCUUGAACAAGGAGAAGAACCUUGGGUCGAAGAUGGCCCCCAUUCUGAGGAGGGAGACGUCGUCACUGGUGUCUACACGGGAGCCUGGUUCUGGAACGAUGAUGUAGAGGACCAUGAGGAGGAAGAUGACGAGGACUUCCUUGCUGAGAUGGCGGAGGAGGAGAACGAGCCCCCAGGGCUGUGGUCUGCUGCCUAUGGAGUGGGGGAUGUGCCUGGGACUUGGGGCCCUGACGACUCAGAUUCGGUGCAGACUCCAGAGGGUUGGGAACCCAACCCGGGCAGCCUCGGUAUCCUGGCGGAGGAGGUUGAAGCAAAACAUUUCCUGUCCGGCCGGGAGCCUGGUGAGAACUUUCUGGUGCCCUGGGCAUUCCCUGCAGUGGCUGUCCCCAUCGGAUGUCCGGAGACCACUUGCAACGUGUGCGGCAAAGUGUUUCCGCACCGUUCGCGCCUGGCCAAGCACCAGCGUUACCACGCAGCGGUCAAGCCCUUCGGCUGCGAGGAAUGCGGCAAGGGCUUUGUGUACCGCUCGCACCUGGCCAUCCACCAGCGCACUCAUACCGGCGAGAAGCCCUUCCCGUGCCCGGACUGCGGCAAGCGCUUCGUCUACAAGUCGCACCUGGUCACGCACCGGCGCAUCCACACGGGCGAGCGGCCCUACCGCUGCGUCUUCUGCGGCGCGGGCUUCGGGCGGCGCUCCUACUUGGUGACCCAUCAGCGCACGCACACGGGCGAGAGGCCCUACCCGUGCCUACACUGCGGCCGUAGCUUCAGCCAGAGCUCAGCGCUCGCCCGCCACCAGGCUGUGCAUACCACUGAUCGUCCUCACUGCUGCCCCGACUGCGGCCAAGCCUUUCGCCUGCGCGUCGACUUCCAGCGUCACCGGCGCGGCGGCGGCUGCACGGAACCCAGCAGCGGCGAUGGCGUGCGGAUGGCUCCCCACGAGGUGGGGAUGGCUCCCAAUGAGGUGGAGAUGGCAGUCGCGGCUGUAGCCACGGCGGAACCCGAGGAAGUGGAAGCCGGGCCCGCAGAGACUGAAGAGCCCGAGCCUGGUGUGGCAGAUGGAGACACCGAGGCUGAAGUCAGACAGGACGAGCAGGUGGUGGUCGCUCCGGCGGCAGAGGCGACUGUCCCCGACAGCAAGAAGGACCCUGAGCCAGACAGGCGGUUCCGUGAGAUGGGCAACGGCCUGGUUGAGGGCGAAGGGCCUUCCACGCAUCCGUUCGGCUUCCACUUCCCCAUGCAUCCCAAGUCCUGGCUGCAUCCGGACGGUUUCCCCAUGCUGGGGUUUCCCGAGUUCUCCGAACGGCUGCAGGCCGAUGGGCGCCAUCUGCCCGGCCCCCUGGGCGCCCCGCUAUCCCUGCAGGGCAUGGGGUUGGCUUGCGACCCGUUCCGCAGCGCGGGCCCCGGAGCAGGGGCGGAUGGUGGCCUGCGAGCAUUCGCGCCCGCCGUCAGCUCGUUGCUGUCGGAGCCGGCGCCUGCCGCGCUGGCGGAAGAGGAGAGCCCAUGGAUCUGCUCCGACUGCGGCAAGACGUUCGGGCGGCGCGCGGCGCUGGCCAAGCACCAGCGCUACCAUGCGGGCGAGCGGCCGCACCGCUGCGCCGACUGCGGCAAGAGCUUUGUGUAUGGCUCGCACCUGGCGCGCCACCGGCGCACGCACACGGGCGAGCGGCCCUUCCCGUGCCCGGAGUGCGGCGCCCGCUUCGCCCGCGGCUCGCACCUGGCGGCGCACGUGCGCGGCCACACCGGCGAGAAGCCGUUCGUGUGCGGCGUGUGCGGCGCGGGCUUCAGCCGGCGCGCGCACCUCACGGCGCACGGACGCGCGCACACGGGCGAGCGGCCCUACGCGUGCGCCGAGUGCGGCCGGCGCUUCGGCCAGAGCGCGGCGCUCACGCGGCACCAGUGGGCGCACGCCGAGGAGAAGCCGCACCGUUGCCCGGACUGCGGCAAGGGCUUCGGCCACAGCUCGGACUUCAAGCGGCACCGACGCACGCACACGGGCGAGAAGCCGUUCCGCUGCGCCGACUGUGGCCGCGGCUUCGCGCAGCGCUCCAACCUCGCCAAGCACCGGCGCGGCCACACGGGCGAGCGGCCCUUCCCCUGCCCAGAGUGCGGCAAGCGCUUCUCUCAGCGUUCCGUGCUCGUGACGCACCAGCGCACGCACACGGGCGAGCGGCCCUACUUGUGCUCCAACUGUGGCCGGCGCUUCUCGCAGAGCUCGCACCUCCUCACGCACAUGAAGACGCACCGGGGGUCCGGGGGCGCGCAGGUGCAGAACACCUCCGCCAAGGCCCAGGCGCCUACCAAGGCAACGCCGCCUCUGCCACCACCGGGCUCGGGCUCCGGCUCUGGCUCCGGAACGCUGCUCGAGUUCGCGGGAGGAACCAGCUUCGGCUCCGAUCCGGCCGCGUUCGCCGGGCCCUCCGACACCUACGAGGAGAGCAUCCUGUGAGGCCUGUCAAAGCGUGCGGCGUGUCCUCCAGCUCUUUGUGGGGCUGAGGAUUCCCACUCUUGGGUGCUCAGGUCCUUCCCGCCCCAAGCUUCAGAUCUCGCUUGGGUGCACACGGGCCGCCACCCUGAUCAAGACCGACCCAUCCCUCGAUCUAUGGUGCAGGGGUGGUGGGAUGGCGGGCAAGGCCUAUUAGUUCAUCACGGAUCCGGUUCAGGUGCCGCAGAGCCCCGCUUUAGGAGUCUGUCAUCGGGCUUUCUGGUGCAUUUGGGUUUCUUGGUGGGUUUGGCCUCUAUCCAUUCUCUCUGGGAGAUUUGGGGAUCGUCUUCCUGUCACUUGAGUGAGUCCAGGAAGUUUUCAGAACCUAAUUUGUGUCAGGCAGGAACCUCAAUAGGUUUUGGGGGAGAUAGAGGUACAAACAGGGAAAGCUUUUGUUCUGUCAGCUGUAGGUAUUUAUUCCCAUCUCAUACGAUCCGAAGAGUGUGGGAGGAGUUGAAAAGGCAAGAUACCAAAUGGGUAGCCAGGUUGCAGAUAUUGUCUAGGACCCUGGGGAGUUGGAAGCCUUAUUCUUUGGAAAUCCUCACUCCAACCCCCAAACACAGGUCUGACAAGCGCUGGCUACAAUAUGGAUUUUGGUAUUACUAUCCCCUCUCAGUUUGUUCUCUAGUGGCUGCAAAUAGCACACAUGGACAUCUUUGGGGUCCCUGGUGUGGGCUCCUACAGACCUAGUCCCCAAACAUUGGCUUCCUAGCAGAUCCCUCCCCUGGAGCAGGUGGCUGUGGAGCCGUGUGCUCAGCCAGCCUUUCCAUAGCACUGGGGUGGGUCCAGGAAUCUUCCCUCUCGUAGUAAAGGCCCUACAUCCUCUGCAAGCCUCUUCACACAGCUUCUAUAAUCACCCUACACUAGGAGCAGGUAGUGUUUCUGCCACUGGUGGUUCUCCACAUAAGGGAUCGUGUGGAGCUGAGCUCACAGCGCCUUACUAUGCAAGGCCCCUGUACAGUGGACAGCGAACUUUCCAGCCCUGAAUGUUGGCACCUGUGGUGUGGCUCACAGGAGCCCCUCCCACCCUCCAUGAAUUCUGGGCCAGUGUGACUGGAGGCUAGAGAAGUAAGAUUUCCACCCAACUGCAUUCCCUGUAGACCUAGAUCCUUUGUUGUAGUAUAGACAUGACCUUGGGGCCCAAGAGCUAACAGGCAGGCUGCUAGGUGCUGGGUGGGUAGUCCAUGGGUGGGAAGAGAGCCUGGGUGGUGAUGGUCAGAAUGUCGUAGCUUGAUCUGGUGAGGUCGAGUGGGGAGGAAGACAUAGGUCCUUGUUGUUCAGCAGUGGGUAUCUGUCCCCUUUUUUCCUCCUCUUUCCAUGUCUUCUGGGACACGAGCUUCAGAACGAGCCAGGACAGGGUGGUCUGUGAGGGUACCACUCAUCCCUCUUAAGUUUCCACCCUGCCCCCUCUGCUGUGGACAGGAGGACCUAGCUUUAAUAAAGAUGGAGAAACAAGC